UGAUCUCAUUUUCAAUCCGCAAAAGCGAGAUAGACAGAGAGAGAGAGCCAAUCGAUUGAGAGACGACCAGACAACGCAUUUCCUCUCCUUUCUGCCACAAAAGCAAGGCAAAUUCCACAGUGAUUGUGUAGACAUACAGAGAGAGAGCAGAGAACAGGAUCCAUUUCGUUUUUCGCCUCUCUUGGUCAAGGGAAAAAGCAAAAAGCUGGCGACUUGCAUCUUUUUAUUAGCUCCAUAACCAUAACCAGCUGAGUUCCGUCCUCCGAAGCGAGCUGGUGAUGGACGGACACGACGUCGUCUCGUGGCGGAGGAGGACGCACGGCAUCGACGCCUUGGAUUCGCUUCAGCCCUCUUCUGAUUCCGGAGAGGCUCACGUCCUGGCCGUCGACGACAGCCUCGUCGAUCGGAAAGUCAUCGAGCGAUUGCUCAGAAUCUCUUCCUUCAGAGUGACUACCGUGGAAAGUGGAAGCAGAGCUCUGCAGUUUCUGGGUCUGGACGAGGACAAAAGCUCCGGUCAUUUCGAUGGGCUGAACUUGAAGGUGGAUUUGAUCAUCACGGACUAUUGCAUGCCUGGAAUGACUGGAUACGAUUUGCUCAAAAGAGUUAAGGAAUCGUCUGCUUUGAGAGAGAUACCCGUAGUGAUCAUGUCAUCCGAGAAGGUCUUGGCACGUAUUGACAGGUGUUUGGAGGAAGGAGCGGAGGAGUUUAUCAUGAAGCCUGUGAAGCUAUCGGACGUGAAGCGAUUGAAAGUGUACAUGAGGAGAGAUUCCGGAGAGAGAAACGAAAGCGAAGCCGAGAACAGAGUGAACGUGAAUCCGAAGAGAAAGCUGCGAGAGGAGGAGGACGACGACGACGACAAUUACGAUGAUUCAGAUCUCUCGGCGUCAUCGCCAUCGCCGCCAGCUUGCUCUGUCUCAUCGUCGCCACCUUCGGCUUCUUCGUCGUGCCUGUCCUCCCCCUCCAUGGCUGCUGCUGCCACCGCCACUGCCGCCGCCACCACCUCGGCAUCGACCGCGGAUAAAAGAUGGCUGAGGAUGAACAGCGGUGAUUAGAGGCCACGGAAUGAGCGAUGCAAUUUUGCUUUUAAUUUCCACUGGAUUUUAGUCGUUUUUUUUUUUCAUCCUUUUUAUCUCUUCUUGAUUCAGGUUUUUUUCCCUUUUCUUCCCCGUGAUUUACAGAACAGAGGAGUGGUGUCCUGUCUCAUUUGGGUAAAAUGCGAGCGGGGAAGUAAAUAGAUGGAAAGGAAGAGUGAAAAUGGUGUGGAAGGGGGAAUUAAUUUCGUGAAUAUAGACUUAUUUUUCAGUCUCGUUUUA